GAGGGGCGGAAAUAGCGAGGCCCGGGGCUUCUUUCCUCUUCUCCACGCACUGGACAACUUUGCUGAGUGCUGGGCCCUGGGGAGUCCGGGAUGGACUUCGAGCCCCACGGAAUUUCUCCGACUUGAGAAAUCUGGGGUUUGGGACUGCGAUGUUCGAUCAAACUCAUCCAGCACUGUGUAAAAUAGAGAUGGACAACACAUAGCCCCAAGUCGGGUCCCACCAGCCUCCUCGCUGGGGAGGCAGAGUCCUCGAGUGGCCCCCUGCCUUGCACACAGCCUGUGCCCACGGGACCCUGGCUUGCAGACGACGGCAGUGGUGUCCAUGGGCUCUGCAGACCACCAGUUCAGCCUCGCCGAGAUCCUGUCACAGAACUACAGCCUCCGGGAGGAGUGCGCGGUGGCCUCGAGGGGCCCGGACAAGCCCGUAGAGGAGCUGGACAAGGACUUCAUCUCCCAGAGCAGUGACAUGCCCCUGGAUGAGCUGCUUGCGCUGUAUGGCUACGAGACAUCAGACCCCAUCUCAGAGCGCGAGAGUGAGGGUGGCGACACGGCCCCCGCCCUCCCGGACAUGACUCUGGACAAGGAACAAAUAGCGAAAGAUUUGCUCUCUGGGGAAGAGGAAGAAGAGACACAGUCCUCAGCUGAUGACCUCACCCCAUCUGUCACCUCCCAUGAGGCCUCUGACCUUUUCCCUGGCCAGAGUGGACCCCGUUUCCUGGCUGGCGGGGACAAAGAGCCGGGCUCCUCGGCCUCCUCUGACACCGAGGAAGACUCUCUUCCAGCCAACAAGUGUAAGAAGGAGAUCAUGGUCGGGCCUCAGUUCCAAGCCGACCUGAGCAACCUGUACCUGAGCCGGCACGGUGAGAAGAUCUACGAGAAUGAGGACCAGCUGCUGUGGGACCCUGGUGCCCUCCCUGAGCGGGAGGUGGAGGAGUUCCUGUACAGGGCUGCCAAGCGCCGGUGGCAGGAGGUGGCUGGCUCCCAGCUCCCAGAGGGGGAGGCCGUGAAGGACAGUGAGCAGGCGCUGUAUGAGCUGGUGAAGUGUAACUUCAAUGUGGAGGAGGCCCUGCGGAGGCUGAGGUUCAACGUGAAGGUGAUCCGAGAUGGGCUUUGUGCUUGGAGCGAGGAGGAGUGCAGGAACUUCGAGCAUGGCUUCCGCGUGCACGGGAAGAACUUCCACCUGAUCCAGGCCAACAAGGUGCGCACGCGGUCGGUGGGCGAGUGUGUGGAAUAUUACUACCUGUGGAAGAAGUCGGAGCGCUAUGACUACUUUGCCCAGCAGACACGGCUGGGCCGGAGGAAGUACGUCCCGUCCGGAACCACGGAUGCAGACCAAGACCUGGAUGGCAGUGACCCCGACGGUCCCGCCCGCCCCCGUGCCGAGCAGGGGCCCCUGGCAGGUGUGUGCGCAGGUGAACUUCAGCAGGAUGACGAGCCGCUGAGUGUGGAUUGCGCGGCCGGUGGUUGCAGUGAGCCCAGAGUGGAGGCUGACGGCCUCCCACCCUCGGAGACGCGGCCCUGUCCUUUCCAGCAGCUGGACGAGCCCCCUGCUGUGCCUCUGCCCCAGCGGCCACCAGCCCUGGGCGACCUGGCCGUGUAUCCCUCGGACACAGCCACUCGGGAGCCAAGCGCCAGCCCAAGGCUGGCCGUGGACUUCGCCCUGCCGCAGGAGCUGCCCCUCCUGUCCAGCCAUGUGGGUCUCAGCGAGGACCCCGAGGAGCCUGUGGCCCCUGCACAGGUGGCCUUGUCAGUUGCCGAGUUUGGACUCAUCGGCAUUGGGGAUGUGAACCCUUUCCUGGCUGGCCACCCAACGUGCCCAGCUCCUGGGCUGCACUCGGAGCCCCUGUCACACUGCAACGUGAUGACCUGUUGACCGCUGGCUCCAGGCGGGUGUGCGCAGCCUGGAUUGGACUUGGCACCGAGCCAGGCCUGCCUGUCAGUCUUCCUGACCCCCGCCACCUGGGCCUCUGUGAUGCCUUCUCGGCUUCAGGAGACAUCAGGACUGGGUGAGGUGGCCGGGGUUGGCGGCCCUCGCCCCUCCUCACAGACUGGACCCAGGGCCACACAGACCUGGCCUUGGUGCCUGGCACUGCCACUCUGCUCCAGGCCACCGUUGCAUCAAGGGACCCACUGGCAGUGGGCGCAGAGAACGCCUGUCCCUCAGGACACAGGGCAGAGCUGGCCACCGGGCUCUUUCCAGCCAGCAGAGGCGAGGGCAGACGUCACUGCCCCGUGGUGGCGGACGUGGGAAAACACGCACCAGCAGCCUCUGCCUGGGCACUUCAGCAGCUGUCGGCUCCGUCCCUCCAUGCCUGGCGGGGCCGUGGGACUGCCCAACCCUGGGGUCAGUGGGCAGCAGCUGCUCAGUGCUGGACCCCAUGGGCACAGAGCCAUAUACCUCGCUGUCUGGCCCCCACCCGCUCUAGCCUCCCUCCCCAUCUCCACUUCAGGAAAAGCCGCACUUUACACUCCACCUGCCUCCCGCCCCUGUGUCCCCAUCCCGAUUCUCACGGUCGGAGUGGGGCCCUCAGCAGGCCCCAGUGGGUUUGAGGAGACAGGUGACUCGCACCCUUUUGCCAUCCCCUCCCCUAGGCGCCAAGGCAGGGAGCUCCGGAGGGGCUGGAUGCCAGCCCAACCCCUGCCUUGUAGUCUUCAUUCUGUUAGAGGCAGCCCGGCAAGCUGGCCGGGGUCCUUGCUCUCUUCCCGGCCUCCUGGUUCUGUUUAUGUUGGUGUUUACAAGGCGGAGUGGGGUCCCCGGCAGGCAGCUGCCCCGCCCAGGGUCGGCAGCGCGGUGCUGGCUGGAGCCAUCUGCACUGGACUCGACUGUCCCUCGCCCCAAGGACCACACUGUGAAGUGAAACUGCCUUCGCCCCUUUGCUGUUUUAUUUAUUAAAUUUGAUUUGAAGCCCA